AUGGAGUCCGUCAACAUCCAGCCUCCCGCGUAUCAAAAUGACAAGAUUGGUACUGAGCAGAAGUAUAUGUCUGAUUUGGAGGAUGAUAUCCAUGCUAUGAAGCAUGGAGAAGUCUCGGAUGCCUUUGGUAAUGAGGAGUAUGCUGAGAUCAAAUAUAAGACUCUGAAGUGGUGGCAAUGUGGUCUUCUCAUGAUUUGCGAGUCUGUCUCAUUGGGUGUCCUGUCACUGCCUAAUGCUGUGGCUACACUUGGUCUGGUUCCUGGUGUCAUCUUGAUCAUCGGUCUCGGUCUCCUUGCUACCUACACCGGAUACAACAUUGGUCUCAUGCGUGAGCGAUACCCUCAUAUCCAGAACCUGGGAGAUGCCGGCGAGAUUCUUCUGGGCCGCUUUGGCCGCGAGCUCUUCGGUGGUGGACAAUUCCUAUUCUGCAUCUUCGUCAUGGGCAGCCAUAUCCUCACCUUCCGCGUCAUGAUGAACACCAUCACCAACCACGGAACCUGCUCCAUUGUCUUUGCCCUCGUUGGCAUGCUCAUCUCCCUCGUGCUGUCGAUCCCCCGUACUAUGAAGGGCAUGACCUGGAUCUCAUUCGCCUCAUUCAUCAGUAUCUUCAGCGCCGUCAUGAUCACCAUGAUCUCCGUCGGUGUUGAGGAACACCCAGGCCGUGUUUUCGAAAUCACCACCACCACAAACCUUUACACAGCCUUCCAAGCCGUCUCCAACAUCGUCUUCGCCUACUGCGCCCACGUCGCUUUCUUCGGUCUGAUCGCCGAGAUGGAGACUCCCCAGGACUUUAAGAAGUCCCUCUUCAUGCUCCAGGGCUUUGAAAUCUGCCUUUACCUCACAGCCGGUGUCGUCAUCUACUACUACGUCGGUAGCGAGGUUCCCUCGCCCGCUCUCAGUGCCGCCGGCCCCCUCAUGAAGAAGGUCGCCUACGGAAUCGCCAUUCCCACCAUCGUCGGCGCCGGUGUGGUCAACGGCCACAUCGGUCUGAAGUACAUCUACUUCCGCCUCUGCUCGAAGUCCGGCCUCAUCCACGAGAACAGCUGGAAGUCUAUCGGAAUCUGGAUCGGUCUCGGUGUUUCCUGCUGGGUUGUUGCCUGGAUCAUCGCCGAGGCUAUCCCCGUCUUCAGUGACUUGAACAGCUUGAUCAGUGCGCUGUUCGCUAGUUGGUUCAGCUACGGUCUUAGCGGUAUCUACUGGCUGCACUUGAACCGCGGUUCUUGGUUCGCUACUAAGCGUAAGAUUGCGCUGUUUGUGCUGAAUGUGGCUAUUACUAUCUUUGGUGCGGCGCUUUGUGGCCUUGGCCUGUACGCUUCUGGCACUGCUAUCCACGAUAGCACUGACAGUUCCAGCUUUACCUGCAAGAACACUGAUUCUUAA